CGGCGCAAGCCACUUCUGAGCCUGUUACGAUCGGAAGGAUAUAAGGAGUCGUGCGCAACCUUCGCAAGAAGGCAGCUACUUUAGCGGCUCGUUUGAGCGGUCUGCGCUCUUUGCUUUGAAGUUUGCCGUACUUUAGUGUAUGCAAAGCGGUAGUGACCCGGUAGUCUGUCUGGUCUCCAGUACAGCACUUUCUUUCCGCAACCGGGCGGUGUAGUUUCCAAAAAACCUGUUCUCUUCUAGUCGCUUAUUGUUAGUCAUCUUUCAUUCGUUCCAGAUUAUCGCUGUCUUUUUCUUGCUUUUCGAACCGGCACUAUUGCAUCCUUAUUCCUUACUCCUGAUUUGAUUUAGCCACCUACUUAUACCCUUUUCUCCAGCAUGAGCGCAUCAUCCCGGUUCUUUCGCGAGUUGUGGUCGGGUGCGCGGGAAAUCAACUACGGGAACACCGUGCUGGUGCUGCGCGACGACGGUCCAUGGUGGUUGGGAUACGUUCAGGAUGUCCGGGGACAGGACUUACUGGUGGACUUCGAUGCCAGCGCAGUGCCGGCCCAAUGGAUCCACACCAGUCGACCCUGGCCGCACCACUGCCUGCCGGACGAUGUCCUACACCCGUAUGUCGAGUGCCGCCUGCAGGUGGCGCUGCGGGAGCACCACGAUGGACCGAUGGUCUUCCGUCCCGCCACGGUCGUUGCGGCAUGGCAUGACCAGCUGUUGGGGGUGCGCCUGGACGAGAAGCAGCCAGCGGACUGCUUCUUCGUGCACCGGUUCCAGUUUGUCGAGCGCUUGCCAGUGCCGGGCGACGGGGAGAGUUUCUUUACGCGCACCGAUGGGUUGAUGUACAUUAAACACGUCAUCCGCUUCCCCGCCGCGCAACAGCUGCGCCACGUCGACCGCCUCCCGGUCUUCGUGGACCGGACCUGCCAGUUCCGCCUGGCGGAAGGGGAUUCUUUGAACAGACUGAUGGGCAAAACGAUUUCCGGUCCUGGAUCCGCGUGUUUCUACCUCGUCGGACCGCGUCUCAAGAUGGAAGAAGAGCGGAACGCGGAGUUCGGGGUGCACGUGGAGUGCCGCGUGUUCCUGCGCGCGGGAAGCGACACGGUGACCUUUGUGUGUCUGGAGGUACACAAUGAGGCCGCCGGGCGCCGGAUGUCCUGGAAUGAGGAGGCUCUCCAGAGCGCCUGCUACGACUGUCUUCGCCGGGAGUCAGCCGCUGUCUUCUUCGCUUUUCCAUCGGCGUUGCAAUGCGGUCAGUGCCUGCAACUAUAUACAGUGGUGCAAGUGGAUGAUCACAUUGAUUUAAUUAUUAAGCAAACUACGCUGUAG